GGACCUAUCCAAAAACGAGUUGCAGAACUUGUCAGCAGGGGCCUUUAGUAACAACACGAAGCUGGAACAUCUGGACUUGUCCAACAACCAGUUACAAUAUUUACCACCAGGAGUGUUUGCUGACAUUGAGGUUUCCCCCUGGGAAGAUUUGACGCUGAACUUGUCAAACAACCAGUUACAGCAAUUACCGCCACGAGUGUUUGCUGGUAUUAAGGUGUCCAACCAGGGAGAGCUAAAGCUGUAA